CCGCCGAAACCUGACGAAACCGCAUUUUUCUCGUCAGACAUUAUCUCUCUCUCGUCAAUCUCGCGGGCUCUCGUGGGGACAGGCAGCUCAUGGCAACGGCGUUCUCCAAUGAUGCGGUGGGACGGACAACUGAACGUUUAAGAAAAGGUUCUGGCGAAAGUAGGAUGAAGCUCAAAGUUUAACAAAGAGUUAACACAGGGACAGCAGUUGCUACAACACUUUGUCUCCACUUCGCUGUCGUCGUUCGUCCUCCCUGAUGAAACAACGAAAGAAGAAGAAUCAGACAUUUAUUGCAUAAUGGUGUCAUGUUCCUUCCUGCCUGGUAUGUUGAAAGAUUCUCAAAAGGAAUUUUGGUUUUUCAGCAAAAAAAAUACGAAGUCACAGUAUUAUGAGCGUUAAGAAACGUGUGACCAGACAGACAGACAUGAGUUAUCCGCAUCCAUUAGCAUCAACGGUCUUAACGGUUUUACAGCAUCGCUAAUAACAGAGGUGUAGUGUCUUCGUUAUCCAAGAGGAAGUGAUGUUCCAGAAUGAAUGGUGACGUUACACACUAAGUGGUGAUGCAUCAGGAUAAGCGGUAAAUUACAGGAGAAAAUGUGACAUUAUAUACAGAGUAAUGAUGUCACAGGAGAAGUGGUAAUGCUACAGGAGAAAUGGCAACAACCGAAAAUAAGUGGUGACGCUACAGGAGAAGUGACAUCACAUAAGAAGUGGUAACAUCACAGGAACAAAUUGUGAGAUUUCACACGAAGUGGUGAUGUUAAGGGCAUAGUCAGUCUGAAGUUACAAUUAAGGGUGGUGGUGAUGUGACAGUGAAAGUGAAAUGUGACCAAGACCCGGCAGUGACGUUCCCACACAGAGCAGGUGAGAGUCUGUCCUGGUCUCACUCAACAAACAUCGUCUGUGAUGACAGCUGGAAGCCCCCGGCUAGGCUCUGACUACAUGACAACAUGUUUUGGAGUUGGACCAAGGGAUGGCGAGGUACGAUCCGGACAGGCGAGGCUACCGCAUCUUUGUGGGCAACCUGAGCUCCGACACUACCCACGACAACCUGGCCGAACUGUUCCGCUCUCAUGGACCGAUUGUGGACAUCUGGCUGGCCAGCAAUCCUCCGGGCUUCGGGUUUGUGGUCUUCAGGAACGCCGACGAUGCGGCACAGGCGGUGUUGGACAAAAACAACAGCCUUCACAAGGGCAAGGUCAUCAAAGUGCAGCACGCCAGGCUGUUCCGAGACAGAAGCAAGCGGAAAGCCAUCGGCCUUAGCGACGAGGACACGACGGAGUCCGACACAUGGACCUCCCAGUCCAGGUCAGGUCAAGGUCAAGGACGAGGUCUCACUCCAGCGUCAGCUUCCGGUCCACUCGCUCCAGCCGCCGAUCGAGUUCGCGAUCGCUCACGUUUUCUCUUAUCUACGGAGGAUCCAGAACUAAGUCAAGGACUCACUCCAAGUCGAAAUCUCGAUCUACGUCUACAAGGUCGACUUUGUCAAGGUCAAGGUCAAGAUCUGCAAAUGGGUCGGCGUCGAGUUCAAGGUCUCGAUCGAGAGCAAGGCACUCAAAACACGUCAAAAGAAAACAAAGGCAGAAAGUGCGUGUUCGUCAGGGUCGUCCGCGGCGUCGUUCUGGUCAGUCCUCUGGACGAUCGUCUGGAAGGUCUCACGAUGGACGAACUCACAGCUCUUCGCCUUCACAAAGAUCAUCGCCGGCUCUCCGCACGUCCCGCCGCCGCAGCCGUUGUCCUCACUGUCAUCACUGCAUGUCGUCGUCACCUCGGUUCUCUCGGUCAUCUUCAUCAACGUCCUCUGACGGACCACGUCGAAGACGACGAUUGUCGCGUUCAGCGUCAUCAGGCUCCUCCUCCUCCUCCGUAUCAUCGGCCACUGAGGAGGGUUGUAACGGAAGAAAGCCCUCGCGUAGGUGUAAGGAGCGCCGCAGGCUGGGGCGACGGAGAAAGUCAAGGUCGUGGGAAUCGUCGGCAUCUUCGUCUUCAUCAUCGUCGCUGGCCUCCACUUCAUCUUCUCAGCCACCUACGGGGAUCUUCACGAACCACCCACAGAAAGCUAGAGCCCAAGGGACAGACUGCCAUGCAAAUAAAAAGUCACAGCUAUCACCAUCGUUGUCUGCCUCCCACGACAAUAAAUCCGACGACAAAAUGCGAAGACAAGAGACUCUUGGAACCUCUUCGCCACGUCUCUCUGAUCUCACGCUGGACACGAAGACUUGCUCACCGCCUGUAGCUUCUGAGGCUGGAACGAUGCUGAGUGCACUCUCGGACUCUGCAGCAGACAGCGACAAGGCCAGUGCAGUGGUGCCACCUUGCGGCCACGCUGGUUCCGUGGUAGCAAAUCUUCCUACUACAGCU